AUGACACAACCUGUGAAUCGGAAGGCGACUGUCGAGCGGGUCGAGCCAGCAGUGGAGGUGGCUGACUCCGAGUCCGAGGCCAAGACCGACGUCCACGUUCACCACCAUCAUCACCACCACAAGCGAAAAUCCGUCAAGGGCAAGAUUCUCAACUUCUUCACCCGAAGUCGACGUAUCACCUUCGUCCUCGGCGCCGUGGUCGGUGUGAUAGCCGCGGGAUACUACGCUGCGCCACCGGAGCUCAGCAUUGAUAUCGAUGCUCUUCUCGGCGACUUGCCCUCGUUCGACUUUGACGCUCUAUCUCUCGACAACUUGUCCAUGGACAGUGUGUCGGACUUUGUACAAGACAUGAAAUCGCGGUUUCCGACCAAGAUUCUGCAGGAGGCGGCCAAGAUCGAGAAGCACCAGAAAAGCGAACAGAAGGCUGCCCCUUUUGCUGUGGGCAAGGCUAUGAAGAGCGAGGGACUCAACGCCAAGUACCCGGUGGUGCUGGUGCCCGGCGUCAUCUCCACGGGACUGGAGAGCUGGUCCCUGGAGGGAACCGAGGAGUGUCCCACCGAGUCGCACUUCAGAAAGCGAAUGUGGGGCUCCUGGUACAUGAUCCGAGUCAUGCUGCUGGACAAGUACUGCUGGCUGCAGAACCUGAUGCUGGACACAGAGACCGGUCUAGACCCUCCCCAUUUCAAGCUGCGAGCCGCCCAGGGAUUUGCCUCCGCCGACUUCUUUAUGGCAGGCUACUGGCUGUGGAACAAGCUGCUCGAGAACCUGGCUGUUAUUGGAUACGAUACGGAUACAAUGUCUGCUGCGGCGUACGACUGGAGACUGUCCUACCCUGAUUUGGAGCACCGAGACGGAUACUUCUCCAAGCUCAAAGCUUCAAUCGAAGAGACUAAGCGUAUGACAGGUGAGAAGACAGUUCUGACGGGCCAUUCCAUGGGCUCCCAGGUCAUCUUCUACUUCAUGAAGUGGGCUGAGGCCGAGGGAUAUGGAGGAGGAGGUCCCAACUGGGUCAAUGACCAUAUUGAAUCCUUUGUCGACAUUUCCGGCUCCAUGCUGGGUACUCCCAAGACCCUGGUUGCUCUUCUGUCUGGAGAAAUGAAGGAUACCGUGCAGCUGAACGCGAUGGCUGUGUAUGGACUGGAGCAGUUCUUCUCUCGACGAGAGCGAGCCGAUCUGCUGCGAACAUGGGGAGGAAUUGCUUCCAUGAUUCCCAAGGGUGGUAAGGCUAUCUGGGGUGAUCAUUCUGGAGCCCCUGAUGACGAGCCUGGCCAGAAUGUCACCUUUGGCAACUUCAUCAAGUUCAAGGAGUCCUUGACCGAGUACUCUGCUAAGAACCUCACCAUGGAUGAAACCGUUGACUUCCUGUAUUCUCAGUCUCCCGAGUGGUUUGUGAACCGAACCGAGGGUGCUUACUCCUUUGGAAUUGCCAAGACUCGAAAGCAGGUUGAGCAGAAUGAGAAGCGACCUUCUACCUGGAGCAACCCUCUGGAAGCUGCUCUCCCCAAUGCCCCCGAUCUCAAGAUCUACUGCUUCUAUGGAGUCGGUAAGGAUACCGAGCGAGCCUACUACUACCAGGAUGAGCCCAAUCCCGAGCAGACCAACUUGAACGUCAGUAUCGCUGGAAACGACCCUGAUGGUGUGCUUAUGGGCCAGGGCGAUGGAACCGUCUCCCUUGUGACCCAUACCAUGUGUCACCGAUGGAAGGACGAGAAUUCCAAGUUCAACCCUGGUAACGCCCAGGUCAAGGUUGUGGAGAUGUUGCACCAGCCUGAUCGACUUGAUAUUCGAGGCGGUGCUCAGACUGCCGAGCAUGUGGACAUUCUGGGGCGUUCUGAGUUGAACGAGAUGGUUCUGAAGGUGGCCAGUGGAAAGGGAAAUGAGAUUGAAGAGAGAGUCAUCUCCAACAUUGAUGAGUGGGUGUGGAAGAUUGAUCUCGGCAGCAAUUAG